AUGCCUGCCAACAAAGCAACUUGGACACGCGUUGUCCCAUCCGCAAGCCUUGACCGAUCAUCCCAAGCUGCGUCGAUAGUCGAUAAUAAGCUCUAUAUUUUUGGUGGCGAGCUCCAACCCCGCCAGCCCGUGGACAACAAGAUCCAUGUGAUUGAUCUCGCCCAAGGCAACCCUACACCCCAAAGCCUCGACGCCCCUUCCGUAGCACUCACCCCCCGCGUCGGAAGCCCCAGUACGACCGUCAAUGGCAAGACCUACAUCUUCUCCGGCCGCGGCGGCCUCGAGAUGACCCCCCUCGAGGAAUCAGGCGCCCUCUGGUCCUACGACCCCUCCGCCGCAGAAUGGUCCCUAAUCACCCCGUCCGACCGCGACGCGCCCUUCCCCGCCGGUCGGAGCUACCACUGCGUCGCCUCCGACGGCGCGGACAGGAUCUUCGUCCACGCGGGCUGCCCCGAGACGGGCCGCCUGUCCGACCUGUGGGCGUUCGACCUGGCGAGCACGACGUGGACGCAGCUGCCCUCCGCGCCGGAGCCGGCCAGGGGCGGCGCGUCGAUCGCGUUCGCUGGCGGGAAACUCUAUCGCGUGCACGGGUUCGACGGCAAGACGGAGCAAGGGGGGUCGCUGGACGUGUUUGAUCUCGAGGCGCGGGUCUGGUCGAGCAACCCAUACAAGGCAGACCAGGUCGACGGCCCGGAGGCGAGGAGUGUCGCCACGCUGUUGUCCGCCAAAGUUCAGGGCAAGCCGUACCUGGUCACCAUGUUCGGUGAGCGGGAUCCCUCCCCACUUGGUCACGCUGGAGCUGGGAAGAUGCUGAAGGAUGUCUGGGUCUACAAUAUUGAGCAAGGGAAAUGGGGCAUUGUUGAGACUGAAGGCGAUGCUCCGGUGGCUCGGGGAUGGUUUGACGCGGAUGUGACGACGGGCGCGGGUGGCCAAGAUGACAUUGUCGUUCAUGGAGGAUUGAGCGAUGAUAACACUAGACUGGGAGACGUCUGGCGCUUGAGCUUCAUUUGA